UUCUUCUCAUCCACAUUAUAGGCUUCGAUAUGGCUUAAAUUUAGCCGAGCUUUUUGCGGAUACUGCGGGAAAAAUUUGCCGCCUGCAGUGGGAGGCUGUGAACACUUCCGCUAUCAGUUACGGCAAGUUCCUGCGUCGUACCUGCAGAAAGCCUGAAAAAGCCUUGUCGCAUGUGUUCCAGCACAUGAUGCGCGUUACAUCAACCGCAGCGAUAGGAGCUGGUGACGAGGCUGCGGACUUAGAGAUUGGAAAUGUUACGGCUACCAGCACCGUCAACUACUGAUUUGCAUAGAAGGGUACUGUCAACUACUGAUUUCCAUAGAAGGGUACUGUCAUCUACUGAUUUCCAUAGAAGGGUAGGACAUGUAGUCAUAUGUGUACUAGGACGCGCAGUGCCUGUAGGUUAAAUGUAGUACUUGUACAUAGUACAACUUGUAUUCGCAAACGUUUGAAAUUUUCAACAAUAGUCUGUAUCGAUGCGAAUAGAUACAACACGACAAGUAGUGGAAAGCUGCAGGAAAUACCUCUAAGGACGAGACGUGUUGGAGGGAUGCUCUCAAAUACGCACACGAUCACAUCUGCAUGAAGAAGGAAGACCUAGCACAAGUGUAUGUCCGUAAUCACGCGGGAGACUUGGGGUGGACUCCGAAUACCCGGCAAAGGAUAUUGAGUACUCGAACUCCGAAACAACAUAGCGAACUAGAGCCCCUCCAAGAGAUGGCGCGUCUGAUCGCGCUACAAGGUCAGCGUGACUACCAAAUCGGG